AUGCAUGGUUAAUCUAAAUCAAAGACUGAAACAUUGUCUGAAGAAGAGAUAAAGCAAAGAGCAGAAAAAGGACAAUAGAUAUUGGAUUCUUUACACUAUUUUUUUAAAGUGAGAAAAAAUUAAGUGAAUCAACCCGAAGAUCAAUUGGCUUUUUCAGAGCUUAUGGCUAAGUUGUGUCCUGAGAUUGCUACUAUUUAUAAUUACAGAAGAGAAGUACUUUAAACAAAAUUUGAUCACCUUGGAGGAUUACUUAAAGAAUCAAAAAGCAUAGAUGCAUAUAAGCAAUUACUCAAAUUGAUUUAAUCUGAGUUUAUGCUCAUAGCUAUAUUGCUAAAAUAACAUCCCAAAUCAUACACUCUUUGGACUCAUAGAUAAUGGAUGGUAUUAAGAAGCUAAGAAAUAGAUUCGCUCAUUAAUUCAAUUAAUCAAGAUGACUAGUUUAAAUUGAUAGAAGCUAUUAGACAAGAAUACGAGUUGUGUAGCAAAAUGUUGGAUAGAGAUGAACGUAAUUUUCAUGUCUGGAAUUAUAGAAAUUGGCUAUCAUCAAUUAGUGCAUUUGGAAAGGAAGAUGAGUUCACUAAGAAAAAAAUUGAAUAAAAUUUUAGUAAUUUUUCAGCUUAUCAUUUCAGAAGCAAAUAUUUUAUGAAAAAUUAUAAUCAAUCUGAGAAUAUCCUCGAAAGAAUUAAAACUGAAUAAAUCUUAGGAUUAUUGCCUUUGCCUUUUAAUAGAUUGAAAGAAGAAACUGAACUAAUUUAAUAAGCAAUUUAUAUAUAACCUAAAGAACAUGGUGUUUAUUUAUAUCAUAGAUGGCUAGCCGGAGUUGUUCAACCUUAUGGUGUAACAAAAGUUGAAAAAGUUUCAAAUAAUUCAAUCACAUUAUCGUUUAAUAGAGCUGUUACUAAUGUUGAGAAUACUUUUGAAAUAUUCAAUAAGGAAAAUGCAUUAAAGAUAAUUAAUGUAAGAGUGGAAGGCAGCAAUGCCAUUAUUUCCUUUGAAGAACAAUAAGUUGAUAACUUAAAAAUAAAGAUACAUAAUUAAAUUUAUGAAAAUGGGUCUCUUGAAACAACAAUGAGUGAAGAUGAAUCCUCAAAAUUCCUGAUUCCAAGUGAAAUAGAUAUAACAAUUAAUAAUGAAGGGUUUACAUUUACUAAUACUACUUAAAAAGAAUUUUAGGAUGCUACCUAAGAGAUUUAUAAAUAUCUUGAUGAAAAUAUUGAUUUCAUUAAGUAAGUUAUUGAAGAAGAAAAAGAGAACAGAUUCCCAUAUAUUCAAUUAUUAUACUUGUUGUAAUUCAAACUUCGUACUCAAAGAUUGAUUGAUGAAAGCAAAACUAGUGAGAUUAUUAAGGAAGCCCUGCAACAUUGCUAAUAAUUGAAGAAGAUUUAAAAUGAUCACCAAGCCCAAUUUCUUUAUGACUUUUGGAGUUAAUUUUGAAGUUAUUAAUUGUUAAAAUUUGAAUUCAAUUUCUA